CCCCUCGACUCGGGAACUUAUAGCACACUAAAUAGUAGCGUAUAAGGCCUGUGGGCCCAACUGUUACGAUUACCAGAACGGGACAAGUGACGAUGGCGACAACGUCCCUAGCAACCAUUCCCUGUCAAUUCUCGUGGGUUAUUGGUUAGAAUAGAGUCCCAUGUGUCGGGACUGCUAUCAUUUCCUAACAUAGUUUAACAACAUUCUAGUCAAGAUAGGCCGAACGAAGCGUCCGAGAGCUGUUACCUAACUCCUAAUUAGAUCAUAUCGCUCGCGUGUGUCCCCUGCUCGAAUCCCGUAAUGCCUAGGCACACGGGGAUCCCCAAGCUAUGUCUACCCCAGCUUGGAGAAAGGAUCUAGCCUAGGUUAUCUAUCUACGCGGCCAUCCAAGAAACUGGAAUCCACAGAUUACCGAAGCUGCCCCUGAUAAGGGAAAGGGUAGUCAUACUCGGCAUUAAACAUCGCGAUGUGUUUGGGGGUACAUAUAUAUCAGUGAAAGAACAUGUGCAUGUUCAUCAAAGAGCUUCAUUUCUCAAAUCAAUGCUUCCUGACAAAUCGGCACCAUGUCUAAGUUCGAUGCCGCCCCUCCCAACACCCACGCCGGUGGGAACGACGACGCCCUCCGGGGACAGGGUUCGCUCCCUAUGAACCCAACCAUUGACGCCGAUGAAAGAGUCGAUAUGGAUGCAUACAGAAAAGCUGUCCCGUUAUGGAAGCGCAUCUAUCAACAUAGUUUGACACAAAUGCUUCUACUAAGCGUGCAGGCAUUCUGUGGUCCAGCUAUGGCUGAUGCGAUUGCGGGCUUGGGUGGUGGUGGUUUAGCAACUCCUCAAACCUCCAAUAUUGCGACUGCGAUUAACUAUGCCAUGCUUGCCACCGUCUGCCUGUUUGGUGGUCCUAUCGUCAACAAGCUCGGAACGAAAUGGGCUUUGGUUAUCGGUGCUAUUUCGUUUCCUAUACGUGGCUCGUCGUAUUAUUGCAACAGCAAAUUCGGAACGCAAUGGUAUCUAAUUUUCGGCGGUUUCUUCACCGGAAUCGGUAGUGGUUGUUGGUAUGUCGCAGAAUCUGGAACGAUUAUGUCGCUUGCGCCGUCCGGCUCUCGUGGCAAGUAUCUAGCCCUAUGGAUUGUUGCGCGGAAUCUCGGACAAUUGGUUGGGGGUGCUAUUAACCUGUCCAAGAACCACGUGAAAGGGGCAGUUGGUGGUGUUACAGCCGACACUUAUAUUGCGUUCCUAAUCAUCGAGAGUCUAGCUCUUCCAUUCGCUUUCCUGAUUUCUCCCCUCGAGCGAGUCGUCCGAUCCGACGGCACACGUAUUCUUGUUUCGGAGAAGCUCACGUUCAAGCAAGAAUUCAAGCUCAUCAGGUUCACCAUGUCGUCGAAGUUGAUUCUACUUUCGGCUCUUUGGGCAAUCUGGUCGUUCUUCUAUAGUGGUACUUGGUCCACAUACCUCGGGACGUAUUUCUCUGUACGCGCGCGCGCCCUGUCUUCGCUAAUUUCGCCGUUCUUCUGCAUUGUUGGAUGUUUUGGCCUUGGAUUCAUUCUCGACAUGAAGUCGCUCAGUCAACGUCGCAGGGCGCAGCUAGGAUUAUUCACCGUCGUAAUCCUUAACCUAGGCGUGUAUAUCUGGUCGAUAGUCAUGCAAGUAAAAUUCAACGCUGGCAGCCCGGGCAAGAUCGAUUGGGACGAGUCUCUCUACGCCACAUCUUUUCUUCCAUACUUCUUCGUACAGACUACCGGUCCCUUGUCGCAGUCAUAUAUGUACUGGCUCCUGUCUUCCUUCGCGACGGAUGCGCAGGCCAACGUCCGUAACGGUGCCGCUUUCCGAUGCCUCGAAGCCGUCGGCCAAGCUAUUUCCUAUGGAAUGAACACCCAGAUCAAGGCCGACCCAUUAAUCGGAUUCUGCGUAACACUCGGUCUAAUGGCUGCCGCUGUGGGCCCAAUGUUGGUCCUUGUAAACUCCACGCCAGAUCGCAUUCCGGCCGAUGUAAUUCUUGAGGAACAGACGCAACAGGAGAAGAAGAUCGAAGGACUUAAAGCUGAAGCAUAACUUGUUUAGAUACUUAAGCGUAUAGUACCGAGAUAUGCCAUCCGACUAUGUGUAGUCUUGAGUAGUCUUGAGUGGUAGCCGUGAGCUUACGCAGUAAAUAAAAUUUUGCGAUGAAGAUAGAAUUAGUUAACAUACUUCGUGAUUUCGUUCAUUAUUCGAGGCCCAGAUCAUCCUAUCUUCAUUAUUCAUGAUUCACCUACCCCUGUAUUGAGGUACAAUCUGCAACUAUACAUUACCA